AUGUCCCAGUCACUUUCAUCGCUCACUCAUCUGGACACGCUCAAUAUUAAAGUGAAUAAUGACAGUCCCGGUCUGUGGGACGCUCUCCGUGGUCUGAAUAUCAAGAGUCUGAGUUUGAAUGUUGCGUAUGGAGGUUUAAACGUAAAUUAUGCAGACUCGAUGUCCCAGUCACUUUCAUCGCUCACUCAACUGGACACGCUCAAUAUUAAAGUGAAUAAUGACAGUCCCGGUCUGUGGGACGCUCUCCGUGGUCUGAAUAUCAAGAGUCUGAGUUUGAAUGUUGCGUAUGGAGGUUUAAACGUAAAUUAUGCAGAAUCGAUGUCCCAGUCACUUUCAUCGCUCACUCAUCUGGACACGCUUAGUAUUAAAGUGGAUGAUGACAGUCCCGGUCUGUGGAAGGCUCUCCAUGGUCUGAAUAUCAAGGGCGUGAGUCUGAGUGGUCAAUAUGGAGGUUUAAACGUAAAUUGUGCAGACUCGAUGUCCCAGUCCCUUUCAUCGCUCACUCAUCUGAACACGCUUAGUAUUGAAGCAAAAGAUUUCAGUUUCGGUCUGUGGGAGGCUAUCCGUGGUCUGAGUAUCAAGAGUCUGAAUCUGAGUGGUAGCUUUGGAUGGUUAAGGGAAAAACAAGCAGACUCGAUGUCCCAGUCACUUUCAUCACUCACUCAUCUGGUCACGCUUAGUAUUAAAGUGAAUAAUUACAGUCUCGGUCUGUGGAAGGCUCUCCAUGAGCUGAAUAUCAAGAGCCUGAAUGUUGGGUAUGGAGGUUUAAACGUAAAAUAUGCAGACUCGAUGUCUGAGUCACUUUCAUCGCUCACUCAACUGGACACGCUUAGUAUUGGAGUGGAUGAUUACAGUCCCUAUCUGUGGCAGGCUCUUUAUGGUCUGAAUAUCAAGAGUCUGAGUCUGAGUGGUCAGUUUGAAGGUUUUAGCGUUAAUUAUGCAGACUCGAUGUCCCAAUCACUUUCAUCACUCACACAUCUGGACACGCUUAGUAUUGGCGUGUAUGAUUACAGUCCCGUUCUGUGGGAGGUUCUCCGUGGUCUGAAUAUAAAGAGUCUGAGUCUGAGUGGUGGGUACAUGUAUAGAGGUUUAAAGGUAAAUUACGCAGACUCGAUGUCCCAAUCACUUUCAUCGCUCACUCAAUUGGACACGCUUUGUAUUAAAGUGGAUGAUGACAGUCCCGGUCUGUGGGACGCUCUCCGUGGUCUGAAUAUCAAGAGUCUGAGUUUGAAUGUUGCGUAUGGAGGUUUAAACGUAAAUUAUGCAGACUCGAUGUCCCAGUCACUUUCAUCGCUCACUCAACUGGACACGCUCAAUAUUAAAGUGAAUAAUAUCAGUCCCGGUCUGUGGAAGGCUCUCCGUGGUCUGAAUAUCAAGAGUCUGAGUCUGAGUGGUGGGUAUGGAGGUUUAAACAUAGAUUAUGCAGACUCGGUGUCCCUGUCCCUUUCAUCGCUUACUUAUCUGGACAAGCUUAGUAUUGAAGUGAAUCAUGACAGUCCCGGUCUGUGGGCGGCUAUCCGUGGUCUGAAUAUCAAGAGUCUGAGUCUGAGUGUUGAGUUUGUUGGUUUAAACAUAGAUUAUGCAGACUCGAUGUCCCUGUCCCUUUCAUCGCUCACUCAUCUGGACACGCUAAGCAUUUGCACGGAUGGUGAAAGUCCCGGUCUGUGGAAGGCUCUCCAUGGGUUCGGACUCCUUACAACAGGACAGCGGACCAUACGGACGCAUGAUCUUGAUGUUCUAGAAGAGAAGCCCCGUCUCGUUUAUGGAGGCAGACUAGCAUAA